UAAACAUGUAUUGUAGAGCUUUGUGGUUAUUAAUGUUCUAUGAGAAGCUUAAAAGAAAUACAUAUUUUUGUUCCCUUAAUAUUUGUCUUUGUGCUUGCCCAAAUCCCUUGCUAUUUCUCACCAGGUUUCUAGGUAUUUAGCCUGCCUAGAUUCCUGAUGAAUCACCUUUAGUCCUUUAAAAAUGUAAACCCAAUGGGUAUGACUUCACAGAUGAACAAAUAUCUGGGUUGAGUGUGCCAACUACUGGCUGGGAAGGAGCCAGCUGCCCUCCCACUUCUCUGUCAAUUCGAAAGUAAUCUAGGGUUUAACCAGACCGAGUUGGAAUCUGACUCUGUACUUUAGCAUCGAUCUCUUGGCAAGUGGAUUUCUUUGAGUCCUCCCUUCCCUGGAAACUUCAGACUUCGUAACGCUGACUUGGUGUGACUUGGUGUAACACUGACUUGGCGGCGUCAGCCACUGCCAGCCCAUUGAGAGAGAGAGAGGUAGAACGACAUGACAUGACUACCCUAAGCCUGCCCCUGAACAUACGCCGAGGCGGGUCGGACACCAACCUCAACUUUGACGUACCAGAUGGCAUCCUGGACUUCCACAAGGUCAAACUAAGUGCAGACAGCCUGAAACAAAAAAUUCUUAAGGUAACAGAGCAGAUCAAAAUCGAGCAGACAUCGCGUGACGGGAACGUUGCCGAGUAUCUGAAACUAGUCAGCAGCGCCGACAAACAGCAGGCUGGCCGUAUCAAACAAGUCUUUGAGAAGAAGAAUCAGAAAUCAGCUCACUCCAUUGCCCAGCUGCAGAAGAAGUUAGAACAGUACCACAGGAAGCUCAGGGAGAUCGAACAGAAUGGAGCCUCCAGAAGCUCAAAGGACGUUUCCAAAGACAACCUGAAGGACAUCCAGCACUCCCUGAAAGAUGCCCACGCCAAGUCUCGAACUGCCCCGCACAGCAUGGAGAGCAGUAAAUCGGGCAUGCCGGGAGUCUCCCUUACUCCACCUGUAUUUGUCUUCAGUAAGUCUAGAGAGUUUGCCAAUUUGAUCCGGAAUAAGUUUGGCAGUGCAGACAACAUCGCUCACUUAAAAAAUUCCUUAGAUGAGUUUAGGCCUGAGGCAAGCGCCAGGGGCUACGGCGGCAGCGCGACCAUCGUGGACAAGCCCAAGUACGGCAGCGACGACGAGUGUUCGAGCGGCACAUCGGGCUCCGCGGACAGUAACGGGAACCAGUCGUUCGGGGCCGGCGGAGCGGGCACACUGGACAGCCAGAGGAAGCUCACCAUGAUCCUGGAGGAAUUGAGGGAGAUCAAGGACACCCAGGCACAGCUGGCCGAGGACAUCGAGGCGCUGAAGGUGCAGUUUAAGAGAGAAUAUGGUUUUAUUUCUCAGACCCUGCAAGAGGAGAGAUACAGGUACGAGCGACUGGAAGACCAGCUCCAUGACCUGACGGACCUGCAUCAGCACGAGAUGGCCGACCUGAAGCAGGAGCUGGCCAGCAUCGAGGAGAAGGUGGCCUACCAGGCCUACGAGCGCUCGCGGGACGUCCAGGAAGCCUUGGAGUCCUGCCAGACUCGCAUUUCUAAGCUGGAGCUGCACCAGCAGGAGCAGCAAGCUCUGCAGACAGACACAGUGAACGCCAAAGUUCUGCUGGGGAAGUGCAUCAACGUGGUCCUGGCCUUCAUGACUGUCAUCUUGGUGUGCGUGUCCACCAUCGCGAAGUUUGUCUCGCCCAUGAUGAAGAGCCGCUUUCACAUUCUCGGCACCUUCUUUGCUGUGACUCUUCUGGCAAUAUUUUGUAAAAACUGGGACCAUAUUCUGUGUGCCAUAGAAAGGAUAAUAAUACCCAGAUGAAACCACUGGUUCCCAUCUUCAAGUUUCUUCAAGUUUUUAUUUUAAAGGGAACUCUGUGCAUACUACCAAAUUUCCAAAUGAACAGUUGUGCCAACUGAAGAUUACCGGAAGGGCUGGGGCUGUGUGUUGUAAAUAACUACAAUUCUCUUAACUCGGUAGCAGUCACCAGCCAGUCCUCAGUCCCUGUGCCUGGUUAACAUGUGUCUGUUUCAGAAGCUCGCCCCACACUGCUCACUGCCUUAAUCGGACCAGAUUUCCUGCCUGCCUGACUCACCCAGCGUGGUAGAACUCUGGUUGUUGAGCACUUGGUGUAAUUAGUGGCUCAGAAGAAAAGGGAAUUUCAGUCUCUCUCUCAAGUCUCCAUCAAAAUUGAGCUCACCAUUGUUAGUAGCCAUGUUUUCCCCGAGUCCUCUAAGUAGCAAGGGUAUGGCACAAAUCAGGGAAGGGAAAAGCCCAGGCACUGACUGUGUCGAACUCUCACGGCUGAUGGAAGUGCAGGACAUCCCCAUGUGAUCCAUCCCAAUGGUCCGCAGUUGGCCGCAGGUCCCGUAUGUGCCCAGUGUCCACAGUGGUCAUUUACGUGUGACUCUCUGUGACAUGGAAUUCUUAUUUUACACCAUGUAUUCACCCAAAGUCUCACUUAGUUGCUCUGUUGCACUUUAAAUGGUAAGACACGAGGGUGUGCGAAUGAGGCUUCUGCCUUCUCAUGCCCUCGGAGCCACACACCUGAUUGCAUCCUAACCGGCUGCCGAAUGCCCAGCCUCCAAAGCACGGAGAAAUGCUUCCCGUCCCUCAUCAGACUGAAGCUUUAACAUGGGAGUCCUGUGAGCACUACUCGGGAGGUUUGUGAUUCGACACACCUUGAUUUUGAUAACCCCCCGUGAGGGUGUGAUUCACUUUAUUUGCAGGUCUGUGAGGGGUUGCGAAUCUCCCUCGGUAAAUGAAAACACAUGAUGCUUAUGUUGCAGGGUUUUUUUCAUUAAGAAGGAAAACUGAAUCAUAGUUUCUAAAGCUGAAGUGCACUAAGGUAGGAACACUGGAAGCAGGAGGAAGUAUGACACGUGUCUAACUGGAUGGCAGCUAGAUGGGUGGGAGCCGUUCGCCUGGAUGAGGAUUGAGAGGGUCCGCUCAGGACCCUGAGAGACCAGCCAGAAUAAGAUAAAUUAGACACUGUGUCUGAGCCAGUGUUGCCAUCUGUCUUCUAGGAUCUCACUGAAAAUAAGUCCUACGAUAACAGUGGCAACAAUUCCACAUUCCCACGAGGGCAGCGUCUUUGGCCUAUUUGGGGGAUGCGUGACACUGUCCGUUAAAUCUGUCCCUCUGUCCACAUGAAAGGAAACUGCUCCCUAGGCCCUCACCUCCCACUUCCAUUAUCUGGGGCAUAAAGGUGCAUGUUGAUGAACAUUUUCUUCCAGAAAACAUCAAGUGACCUGGAUUUGAAUUAAGUGCAAUAUUUUGCAAACAGCUGCUUGUAGGGAAAUCUCCUGAAAAAAAUGUGAUGGUGCACCACAGUUUGAGAGAGCAGAGUUGUCGGACACUUGGUGCAACUCUGGGUGUGAGUCUCACAAAACGAGCUUUUUGUUUUUUUAGGGUUAUAAUCAGUUCACAAACUUAUACAGCUCUCACCAUCACCUAGUUGCAGACACGAGCUUUUUAAGACAUAAACACAAUUUCAUGAAAUCAUCGGCUGUGGGAAGCCAGUGAUUUAGGGAAGAGGAUCAGGAAACAGGGAGUUACUAGUCUCACCUGCAUCUCAUGGCUGUCUCCUAUCACUGGCAGGCUCUCCCUGGGUCUGCCAAGCUUGCUGUAAAUACACUGUGAUCCAUCAAAUCCAGGGGACAGAGACAGGUUCCAGGUUCAGGGAAGUCAGGGAGAGAGAACGGUGCACUUCCUUAUGUGUUUAUAUUUCUGUGGCCAGCCACCCCCCUUUACCUGUGGGCAUCAGCCUCCGUGGGGGCUGAGGGCUGGGUGUAACUUACAUACUUGCACCAGGCUGGGUCCCAGGAAGGCCCCUCUUGAUGUCUGUGAACCCUUCUGCAGCACUGUGACAUGCCAGGGUCUGGGGUGGGUGUAGGUGCUGCUGGUAGUUUAACAAGAAUGGGUGAGAGCUCCAGCCCUGAACUAAGGGUUCUGGGGCAUCUAGGAAGACACUGUCCUGCGGUCAGUGCAUGCUCCCCAGUGAGAGAAGUGAAGGGAGUGGGGAGCUGCACACUCCAACCCCUGCAGUCUGGCGCAGUGGGCAAGCUGCAGGAACUGGCUGGUCUGAAAUAGUGUAGCGCCUAAAUCAUUGCACCUCUCCGUGAGUUUUUUUACAGAGUUCCUAUUUUUGGUGAUUCUCAUUAGACACUGGAUUAGCUUGUUCUCACUUGGACAUGCUCAACCUACACGGCAUAUUUAUUUUAGAGUUUUGUUGAAAGUUUGGGAAGCUUUCUAGUAGAUGGUGUACCUCAAGGGUGCUUUUACUCUCUGUAGUUUAUUAUUCUCUACUUGAGGAAUAAACUCUCCCACCACCUGUUUUUCUGCACCGCGUAAGGAAAUUAAAUAAAAUGUUAUUUAAGUAUACAAUUAAAAUAGUGUUCAAGCUAUGACAUGUCCUGAAACUGGAUAUUUAAUUUACAUUUAAGCCAACUAAUCCCUUUUCCCCACCUUACCUUGGUAGUAAAUACCUUGUGCAUCCCUACUGAAGCCAGUUGUGGGAGGGGUGGGCACCUGCUCAUCCAGUGAACUCACUCAGGCAUUUUAGAUAUUGGACGUGGGAUUCUAGCACUGGAAUGUUUGGUGACAUUAUUUUCAUGAUUGCCAGGACAAUGAUCGUCUGCUGAGGCGAAAACAAGAACCCUUAUGGGUGUCGAGUUGGCAAUUCCAGCUUAUAUUUUGAAUAUAAUUAAGCCAGAGUAGAACACUAUCCCCCCCCCCAAAAUAAAUAAAUACAUUUAAAGCCACAACAAAGAGGCAGUAAAUAAAAGUCCUGUAUUGCUGAUUUGGGAAGGUGAAAGUUUCUAGCACCUGCCUUUUGUACUUACACGCUCGCUCUGAUUUCCUGGUAGACCGAAACCUGAAACCCCUCCUCUUCUCACCUCAGCCCGCUGCUCUUACCCCUCUCUGCCACUCCACAUCCCUGUGAGCUUACCCCUCUCCUGCUGUCUUCUUGUUCUCACCGAAAUAUUGCCCCACAGUGUCUGUUCAUCACCCUUCCAUUCUUCUAGCCUAUGAGGUUUCAUAAUGGGUUCGAUGAUAGUGCCAGGAACUGGCUCCCCUGGGGCAACUCAUUACCUUUGUCCUGUUUGUUUGGAUUUUAAAUACCAAGUUAUUUUGCAUUGAAUGGGAACAUUUCUUUUGCAUUGAAACCAAAUAUAGUUGUACUGGUUUGGAAAGACAUUUAAUUAUACAUACUAAUAUGAAUGUGAAUAUUAAAUAAACCUAUUUUGCAUAUUUGUAUAAUUUUGAGGAACCAGAGGUAGGACAAAGUGGCAUUAUUUAAAAUUCAGGGCUUUAUCUGGAGAGAGAUAUCUCAAGAAAUUUAGCAUAUGUGCUAAGGAAAGAGUUGAUCUAAAAAAACCGAGUCACUGAAAACCAUGAGAUUGGCCUGUUUACCUCAGAAGUAGUUACAAAGUUUAAGAAAAUGGUAUAGGUUAUUAGUAUUUGAAACCCAUAAGAUAUAAAGCAGAAUCAACCUAUAAUUUUCUAAAAUCACUACAAUUUCUGUUUCUGAGAAGCUGGAAAGUAAUGUACCUGAAUUGUUUUAGGAAUGAUUUGUGUGUGGCAAUUUUAAUUUAUGUAUUUAAAGCAUGUCUCACUGUGUUUGUCCUAAGAGAAAUGUUUCAACCAAAUGUGCUGUGUGUUAAUGUUUAAGCAGUAGAUAGUGACUCUGGAAGUAAAAACUGGAAAUGUUUAUUGUGUGCUCCAUCGCAUCAUUUCUGCUUUGUGGGAUACUGUAUUCAUGUCAGCGUAGAACUGUAAGUUCUCUGCAGAUCACCCCAUUCAAAGCAGGUGCCAUUAUUUUUUUAAAAUAAACACUUGAUGUUAGCUUUGAUGUUAAAUAAAGAGCUAGAUUUCUUAAAUUUU